UGCCACAAAGAAUUCUUCCUGUUUUGGUUCCUCCCUGUAAAAUACUUCAUUGCAAUAUUUACUAGGAGUAGGAGGACUGUUAGGAGGAAGGAAAGUGGGGAAGUGAUUAGAGGUCACAGAGGAGGGGACUGGGUGACAUCCCACGUUUACAUAAAUUCACAGGGGCUGUCAAAGAGAGCAAACAAGCGCCUGAAACUUGGAAACCAGAGAACACCGCUGUACAGGAAAGAACCUGAAGCCCUUUUCAGAGCCGGCCUGGGCCAUCGAAACUCUCAGAAUCUAUCGACCAUGGAGCGUCAGCUUGGCUUCUUGCUGUUUCUACUGACGCUGGCGCACGCCUUCCCUGACUCGCCAGAGCCCUGCGAGCUGGAUGAGGACGGUGUUCGCUGCGCCUGCAACUUCUCAGAUCCGGAGCCGAACUGGCAGAGCGCUUUUCUGUGUAUCGGGGCGACAGACGUGAAGUUCUACGGCGGCGGCCGCAGCCUGGAGCAUUUUCUAAAGCGUGUGAACACCGAAGCAAACCCGUCGAAGCAGAUCACAGAUGUGCUCAAGUCCCUGUCGUGGCAGCGGCUUACCUUGGGGAACGCACGGGUUCCUGCUCUGAUGCUAUUCGGAGUCCUGCGUUUGCUCGGGUUUACCAGCCUCAAGGAAUUAACCCUUGAAAACCUCGAGGUAACCGGCACCGCGCUGCCGCCGCUCCUGGAAGCCUCCGGACCAAAUCUCGACACCUUGCGCCUCAGCAACGUAUCGUGGGCGACAGGGGAUGCCUGGCUCGCAGAACUGCAGCAGUGGCUAAAGCCAGGACUCAAGGUACUGCAUAUUGCCCAAGCACACUCACUCAACUUUUCCUGCGAACAAGUCCGAGUCUUCCCCGCUCUUGUCACCUUAGACCUGUCCGAUAACCCCGAAUUGGGUGAGAAAGGACUGAUCUCCGCUCUGUGUCGGAGCAAGUUCCCGGCCCUCAGAGUUUUAGCGCUGCGCAACGCAGGGAUGGAGACGCCCAGCGGCGUGUGCUCCGCACUGGCUGCAGCAAGUUUACAGCUGGAACAACUGGACCUUAGUCACAAUUCACUGCGGGAUACUGAAGGCGCCCCCGGGUGUGACUGGCCUAGCAAGCUAAACUCGCUCAAUCUGUCUUUCACUGAACUGAAGCAGGUACCUAAGGGACUGCCAGCCAAACUCAAUGUACUUGAUCUCAGUUACAACAGGCUGAAUAGGCAACCUAGGCCCGAUGAGCUGCCCAAGGUGGUUCACCUGUCACUUACAGGAAAUCCCUUUUUAGACUCUGAAUCCCACUCAGAGGGGUACAGCUCUGGUGUAGUCGUAGCCCCAGUGCGUUCAUCCCUGGCAGUGGGUUUGUGGGCAACGUUGGCUGUUCUCCAAGGAGCCGGCCUUUUUGCCUAAUGUCAAAGGGAGAAAAAAAGGAACAUUUACAUUGUCCUGGCUUCUGAGGGCCCUGGUCAGGUUGAUCAGAACUUCUUGAUCAACGAAUCCUCUGUCUUACAG